AUCACUCCUCCAGGGCGCACGGACUGGAGGACGCGCGUAAAAGCAACCGAGCUGCUUCACUCUAACAGUGAACGACAGCGCUGAGCUCCUCCGAUGUAAAGUUUGGACUCUCCUUCGUAUUUUUAGGAGCGAUUCUUUUGUUUUGAUCCUCAGCGGAGGUUUUCUCCUGUGUGGCGAACCGGAGGUGUGUUUUUCUCUAUGAUGCUUGGAUAUCUCAGGAGUGUUUGCUCCACGCUUUGGAUACAUAAUGUGAGGAUUUGUGUCGGAGUAAACAAAGACGCUGCGUAAAGGAAAACCAGAACUGCCUAGUGUGACCAGAGAGGCUCGUUUUAAACCCUUAAAGUGCGGAAUGGGGCCGUCACUCACGCUGCUUCUCGUUGCUUUAUUCGGCUGGGCUGAAGGUGGCUCCUCUCUUCACUACUCGGACAGUCGGUCCAGCCGUCUCUCUCUGGAGAAAACCUUCGGCCGGACGCUCAAAGACUCCCAGUGUCAGCACAUGUUGAAGCACCUUCACAAUGGAGCCCGAAUCACCGUGCAGAUGCCUCCCAACGUGGAGGGUCACUGGGUGUCCACCAGCUGUGAGGUGAGACCAGGCCCAGAGUUCCUGACACGCUCCUACAGUUUCUACCCCAACAACACCUUCCAGGCUCACCAGUUCUACUACGAGGACAACCACUGCACCAAACCCACCUACACCCUGGUGAUCCGCGGCCGCCUGCGCCUACGCCAGGCCUCCUGGAUCAUCCGCGGCGGCACAGAGGCAGAGUACCACCUCCACCGCGUCCAGAUGGUUUGUCACACUGCCACCGUGGCCAAAGAGCUCAGCCAGAGGCUCAACCGCAGCUGCAGAGGAGCCGUGAAGGGACCCUGGGAGCCCAGUGUGAUGUACGAGCUGUGGAGCGAGGAGGGCGGGUUCGACUGCUCCAGGGAGCUUAACUUCGCCAUGCACGAGCUGCAGCUGCUGAGGGUGGAGAAGCAGUACCUGCAUCACAACCUGGACCACCUGGUGGAGGAGCUGUUCCUGGGGGACAUUCACACCGAGCCGUCACAGAGGCUGUACUACAAGCCGUCCAGCUACCAGACCGCCCUGCAAAACGCCAAGAACCACGACCACGGCUGCAUCGCCUGUCGCAUCAUCUAUCGCUCCGAUGAGUUUCACCCUCCCAUCCUGCCGCCGCGGGCCGACCUGACCGUCGGGCUGUACGGUCAGUGGGUGAGCCAGCGCUGUGAAGUUCGCCCCGAGGUCCUCUUCCUCACCCGUCACUUCAUCUUCCAUGAUAACAACCACACCUGGGAGGGCCACUACUACCACUACUCAGACCCCGUCUGCAAACACCCCACCUUCACCAUCUACGCCCGCGGACGCUACAGCCGGGGGCUUCACUCCACCCGCGUCAUGGGCGGGACAGAUUUUGUCUUUAAAGUGAACCACAUGAGAGUGACGCCCAUGGACUUUGCCACCACGUCCCUCCUGAACGUCUUCAACGGUAACGAGUGUGGAGUGCAGGGUUCCUGGCAGGUCGGGGUGGAACAGGACGUCACUUUGACCAACGGCUGUGUUGCACUGGGCAUCCGGCUCCCCCACACAGAGUACGAGCUUUUCCGCAUGGAACAGGAUGCACACGGCCGUUACCUGCUCUACAACGGCCAGCGUCCCAGCGACGGCUCCAGCCCAGACCGACCCGAGAAGCGGGCCACCUCCUACCAGAUGCCCCUGGUGCAGUGUUCAGCGAGCAGCCAGCCGUCCGAGUACAGCAGAGCGGACGACAUCGACAGGCCUCUUCUGCGCCACAAUGACGUCACAGGAUGGCACCGAGGCAGCCAGCAACACAUCACUGUGGCUUUUGUCUCAUUUAUCACGUCUCUUUUUUUUUGUUUUUCUACAUAAAGACGCAACAGGACGAGAGUGUGGAUUACAAGAGCAAAUAUAAACUUCCCUGAUGUCAAAGAGGAUGAAAACUGGUGCCCCUGAUCCUCUGGACUCCUUCCCAGGUACCAAAGACACUGCUGCACCACAGAAACUUUAGCACUUUAGAGUGGAACCAAAGACCAACCUUUCUGUGUUUCCACAUAUAUACAAAGAUUAUAUAUCCACACAGACCUGAGACUAUGUUUUAUACAGCGUAUUUACCUACAGUUACCAAGGCAUUUCUUGCUACUGCAAAAAGACAAUUUUUCUAUGAUUAACUCUUGACAAUAAGCACCCUGUCUCGAAGAGACGUGCUUGUGGAUAGUGACUGUUUACAGUAAAAGGGAACUUUGAAUACUAAUAUAACAGCAAUUUCUUUAAAUAUCGCCUUACAUAACAACAAACUCAGGAGCUGUUUUCUGUCAUCUAUUCCACAUUAAGAUCAUGAUGCUAUUUUGGAUACAAUAAAAGUCAAAUUCCAUGCAUUUUAAA